AAUGACAUUCGCAUCUCGAACUUAUUAGUGGUCUCUGCGCGCACAGAUUGUCGACCUUGGAGUGAAGACGUCAAACAGUUGAUAUUCUGCGAUUAAUGAGCUUCCGUAAAACAAUACUCGAACCGAAAGAAAGAAAAUUAUUCGCGCACAAUGGCAAUAAUAGAGAAUUGUUUUAUUUACAGUGGCAAGAAAGCUAAACCGGAUUGUGAAAGCGGCAAUGCGGUGCCGAAGAUGAAGCGGGAUCGCUGGAGAAGAUCUAUCCGUAUCACAAAACGCGUGGUGGCGAAGCCCGCGGCCAGCUUCUUCCUCUCCUGCUUCCUCUGGACACUGUUCGUCAUAGUUCUGUCUGCCGCCACCAUCGUACUGUUGGCGCUGCUGUCACCCUUCCCACUGCGGCCUUCAUGUCUCAUCCUCUGGAAGACGCAGAUACGUUCGUGCGACGAAGUGCGUAACGCACUGCUUGUCCGGCUGGAAGACUGGAUGUCGUCCUUCUCCACGUGUAGCAAUUGCUCCCGCUACCAGGUGGUGUCGGUGGAGCCGAACUCGCUGUGGCUGUGGCACAGAUCGGAGUGGCGGUCUGCGGCUUACGAGGCGGACAUCUCGCUGUUCUUCUCUCCCAGGCCCAACAACACCUGCCACGUCUUGGCGCAGUGCCGGUCUCGCGCCUGGUUGUGGCCGCUGGACGGCGGCGCCAGCUUCUGCGCGCUGACGCGCCUCGCGGCAGACUCCAGCUUCCUGGGCCCGCUGGCCACGCAGGCCACCGACGACCCCGUCUGCACGCAGUUCUCCUCGGCCGCCUGCCCGCGGCUCGCCGUCCCAGCGGAAUCGCCACACGACCCCUCGCUGCUGACCGGCUUACUGGAGGUGGAGGCGCCGCGGGAGGAAGACUGGCUCCGAACCCAGGACCGCGCCGCCGCCAGCUGAUGGCUGCCUCCCCGCGGCACAUCCUACAUGCAAAUUUCCAGUGAAGCGGCCGUCGACCUCUUACCGUCGCGUGCCACUACGCACCGCAACAAACCGUCUCAAGAAGAUGCAAGAAAAAACAACAGUUCAAUAAUAAAACAAUCCUGACUUACCGUUGUGAGUGGUUGGUGCUUCGUAGUUCGACCAGUCAACCAUAGCAGUGCACCAAGUCGCAAACGUCCACAGUAUUUGUUGAUAGUUAUAGUAUAUUAAGUGUCCCUGUAUAUGCAGCUCACACUACUGUUGUGCUAGACGUUCUAUUCUGAUAAGCUACACUUCUAAAUAAAUUUAUGUGGUACUAUA